AUGGAGUGUUCACGUUUAGUUGUUGUUUCCCACAGUGUAAAAAAUAUUGAAAAACUUUUGAAUAAAGUUUAUCCUGAAAGAGAUUCUGAUAUUAAUAAUGAAUUAACCGUACUUAAAAUUGAAUUAGAUAAAGAUUUGGCCGUUCGAUGUCACGCUGCAAAAGAAGGACUUUACGGUUUGUUAGUUAAAUGUUUAAGACAUUUAAAAGAUAAAUAUCUUUUAGCAGCCUUACAAACAUUAACAAGUUUAUGUAAUGGUAAUACAAAUGUAUUAGAUACCUCUGGAGCAGAAUAUAUGAUAGCGUAA